AUGGCUCCAAUGAAGAACCAAAACUCUUUGAUCCAAAAGGCUGCCGAGAUUGCCACCGUUGUUGGUUUAUCAUCCACCGGGGGCAAGAUCGAUAAUACAACUACGACAAACGGCUCAAGCUCCUCGGGCUCGGAAGAGAUCGACUCCAAAUCUCAAGCCUUCACCACAUUGCCGGUUAUGGUGGUUGAUGCGACUUCCGUGGAUGAGCAAUUGGCGCACUUGACCCAAACAGUGGCCAAUCUUCAAAAAAUAGUCGAAGACAAAGACAUUAAAAUCGCUCAAUUAAUGGAUAAGUUGGAACAGUCAGAGGUUGGGGAGUUUAGCCCGAAGCACGAAUCUUACCCGCUUCGUGACGAGAAAGCAAAGCAAGUGGAAGAAGCACAUCCCAAGCCGGACUUCGUGCAAGGCGCCACUCAUUCUUCGAUGUCCGUUGCCACGCUAUCUGUACAACAAUUGCAAGAGAUGAUCGCCAAUACUAUCAAAGCGCAAUAUGGAGGACCGUCUCAAGUCUCACCCAUGUACUCAAAGCCGUACACUAAGCGGAUAGAUGCAUUGAGGAUGCCAGCGGGAUACCAACCCCCAAAACUUCAACAAUUCGACGGAAAGGGGAACCCCAAGCAACAUAUUGCUCAUUUCAUCGAAACUUGCAACAAUGCGGGGACUAACGGCGAUCUCUUGGUGAAACAAUUCGUUAGAUCACUCAAGGGAAAUGCUUUCGAUUGGUAUGUCGAUUUGGAACCCGAGUCCAUCAACAGUUGGGAAGAGAUGGAACAUGAAUUCUUGAAUCGCUUCUACAGCACGCGUCGUAUUGUGAGUAUGAUCGAGCUUACUAACGCGAAGCAGUGGAAAGAUGAACCGGUUGUGGAUUACAUCAACCGUUGGCGUGCACUAAGCCUAAAUUGCAAGGAUAAGCUAUCGGAGGUGUCGGCAAUUGAGAUGUGUAUCCAAGGGAUGCAUUGGGGGCUUCUUUACAUCUUACAGGGGAUUAAGCCUCGAAAUUUUGAAGAAUUGGCUACGCGUGCCCAUGAUAUGGAGUUGAGUAUCGCGAACCAUAAGAGUGCACUCCCGCUAGAUGAUACUGAAGAUGUUGCCAACUCAAAUGUUACAAGUGUCACUUCACUCCCAAGCGACACAUGUCCCGCAUGGAACACCAAAAAAUGCCCGCCAACGCCUACGAAGAAAGUGUCUACAUUUCAAUUUGGGAGUUUGGAACCACAAUUGAUAAGGGCUUUAUUUCACGAGGAGGAAGUCAUACACGAUGAAAACCCCAUUUCUGCUAUUGAGGAUGAUGGAGAAUGGAUUCUAGUGACACGUCGGCAGAGACAGAGGGGACGUGUUGACAAACUUCAUGUAAUUCCAUCACGAAACCCACAGCCAAUAAAAUACAUUCACCGUGCCAAAUCGAACAAAGGCUCGAAGGUGAGUGAUGAUGCUUCAAGAAAAUCUUACGGAAGUUCGGUUCACAAGCACGUGACUUUGAAAGAGUUCUUUCCGAAAGAGUUUUUCAUGCAAAAAGUUGAAAGAGCAUACGUUAAUUCGGAUGAGAGCGACCAUCAACAUUAUAUUCCUUGUUGUGCUGCUAUGACUUUCACGGACGAUGACUUGUUGUUGGGAUCUAAACCUCACAAUCGUCCGCUCGUAGAUGGAGGGUCAGCUGUCAAUAUCUUACCAAAAUCCACCAUGAGACAGUUGGGGAUUGCUACCGAAGAUUUGUCUCGCAGUCGCCUUACUAUUCAAGGAUUUAACCAAGAAGGCCAAAGAGCUAUUGGGAUGGUUCGUUUAGACCUCACAAUUGAAGAGCUAGCGGCAAGUACACUAUUCCAUGUGAUUGAUGCAAGAACCUCUUAUCACUUGUUAUUAGGAAGGCCAUGGAUUCACGAAAAUGGAAUUGUCCCAUCUACCCUUCAUCAAUGCUUCAAAUACCUGAGGAAUGGAGAAAUGAUGAAGGUCGAUGCUAAUGCGAAGCCCUUUACCGAGGCAGAAUCACACUUUGCGGAUGCCAAAUUGUAUCUAGAGUCAAACCUGAAGUGCGAAACGGUGAUUUCAAAGGCGCCGAUAUGUCACCCUAUUAAUGGAAGUCAUUUGGAACUCGUACCGACGAAGAUUGGUUGCACAGAGAACGAGAAGGUGGCCACUUCAGUUGAAGCUCCGAUGAGCAAAAAUGAUGGAGCUGUGAGAAAAUUGAGUUUGCCAGUGUUUCGUUGCGCUCCCCAGUCACGCCGAAGAAGCCAAAUUUUGUUCAGUGAGUGCACCACAUUAUUAGAGGAUGGACAAGAACGACCGAAGGAGCAAGAGCCAAGCCAUUGCCACCUCAUUAGGGAAGAUUUAAUCAUGCCUAUUAUCGGCUUAAGUCCAUUGGCGCAUGAGCAGACGCGUGACGUUGUACCCCAUUCUCAAUGGCCUAGGGAGGCGUAA